AUGGUACGUGCAAUCGACAUCUUGCCAUUGGCCUCUACGGCUCUGGCUGCCUUCACGGGCAACCUGAACUACUUCUCCCCCUCUCUGCACCACCCAUCCUUGGGUGUAUCGAUCAGCAAAGUUGCGAAGCGAGCGUACGCCAGCUCGCCAUGGGAUCCAUCGCAGCUCAAUUUCACUCACGGCGUUGCCAGUGGUGACCCUUACGAAGACAGUGUUAUUUUAUGGACAAGAAUUGCACCGUCGAGUGAUAACGAUAAGAGCAAUGUCACCGUUUCUGGAACCGCACCUCUGUUCGGCCAUGAUAACGAGGGAUUCGUCUCUAAGAGUGAUUCUCCCGUCUGUGUAGAUUGGAAAAUAAGCACCACGGACUGCUUUACCACCCUCGCAGACUCUGGAACCGCUUUUACCAGCUCGGACGUAGAUUUCACCGUCAAAGUCGAAGCCAAGAAGCUGCAGCCUUUCACAACGUAUUACUACCAGUUUAGCGUGUGUAAUUCGGCCAACGCCUCUCCAGUUGGCCGCACAAAGACCAUCCCAUCCAAAGACGCGAAAGUUGACACUGCCAUCAAAAUUGCUGUGUAUUCCUGCAGCAAUUAUCCUAUUGGCUUCUUCAACGCGUAUGGAAACCCAGUCAGAAAGGACUCCGUUGAUUACGUCAUUCAUCUAGGUGAUUACAUCUAUGAGUACAAAAAUGGCGACUAUGGUUGGGGAAACUCAUAUGGGCGAAUCCCACUGCCCGACCGGGAGAUCUUCACUCUCUACGAUUACAGGAAGCGUCUUGCAACAUACAGGACAGACUUGGACCUGGUUGCAAGUCAUCAGAACUUCCCUUGGAUCCCGGUCUGGGACGACCAUGAGGUUUCUGAUAACACCUACCGAGACGGCGCAUCUGAGUUGAACAAUACUGAAGACUCUUUUGUCAAGGAUGGCGGUGUCUCUGUCGAUCAGCGGAAGAUGAAUGCCGUACGUGCAUAUUUCGAAUGGAUGCCUAUCCGCCAGGUGGAGAUGGACGACAACCUACGCAUCUGGAGAGACUUCAGCUUCGGCGACCUGUUUGACUUGGUUAUGCUCGAUACCCGUCAGUAUGACCGUUCCAUCACUGAUUUGUACUGGAACACGGACUACAUCCACGCAAUUUCUCAAGAUGCCGGGCGCAGUCUUAUGGGUCCUCGCCAAGAGGCCUGGUUUUACCGCAAGUUGAAAGAAAGUUCUUCGCGUGGCGCAACAUGGCGAAUCAUUGGAAACCAGAUCGUCUUCAGCCGUAUGAACGAGAGUCUGGGACUAGGAGCUGAGAACCCUCUCAACGGUGACGCUUGGGAUGGAUAUGGCGCGAACAGGAACCGCACGUUCCAAGUUAUCGACGAGAAUAAAAUCAGCAAUACUGUUUUCCUUGCUGGUGACUCACACGCCUCGUGGGUCUCUGACUUGGUCUGGCUCGGGGAGCAUGACUAUGACGAGAAGACGGGAGCAGGCGCUGUGGGUGUUGAGUUCGCUGGAUCCGCGGUUUCCUCGCCAUGCCCCUUCGGGCAGAACAUCACCAUUGACAAGGCAAACUCGGCCUCGCAGUGGCUGACUGGCGCGAACCGAGAGCUUCAGUGGCAGGACCUGUACUACCGGGGCUACUACGAGCUGACGAUUGGCUACGACUCACUCAACGCUUCUUACUUCGGAAUUCCCACCACACGAGUCAAGCAGGGACAUGAGAUCUCGCUGGCCAACUUUACGGUAUUGGCUGGCGAGAACCAUCUGCAUCGCCAGAGUAGCUCAGCAGCGGCCUCAAAUGCGGAGAGCGGUAGUCUGAAGAACGGCCAGGUCAUCCAGACAAAUCUGACACACGAUACGGAGUCUGAUACGUGGUUUGUGUACGAGUACACCCCAUUGGCAUGA